CCAUUGAGUCCUGCGCACGCGCCGGGCGGCCCCUCCAAUGGGCCCGCAGGCACGGAGCAUGCGUGAGAGCCCCGCUCCGCAACCCUGCCCCCCGAAGGGAGGAGCGUUUCUGGGGUGCCCGGUGCCUUCCUCGUUGGCAUUGGCUCGGAGACUCUGCCGCCCUAUUUCAAAAAGCACCAAUGGUUUGGAGACCCGGCAGCAUCAGCUUUCAGGAAAAAUUUGGGCCAAUAUUCACAGGAAAUAGACAUGGGAUUUCCACGUUAUUUCAUUCCAAAUUUGUAUGGUUCAAACCUCUGUGAACUCCACUGAUCUUUGUUUAGAGGGGCUGAUGUCUUUUAAAGAUCAUCUGUUUGGAUGUACUAGGCAAAAAGGAAGUGAAAAAAAUAAAAACGGGGGUAAGAAAUGAAUCAAAUUCAUGAGAGCUCAUUUAGCUAGUGAGAAGACCUUCUCUCCGUUUUGCAAGCAUUGUUAAGAUUCCAUGACAUCAGGAGAGAUCCUGAAGAACAGAUAGUGGAGCCAGGUUUUUCUUUUCUAGGAUUUUCAGAGGGAGAUCCUAACAAUAGUGUGUGAAGCUUGGAAUUAUUUAUUCAACAAACACCUACAUAGCACUAUGUGCUGGGUACCGUUCUAAACAGCUGUACAAACAUUAGCCCAUUUAAUCCUUACCACUUGAAUGGCCCUGGGGUAAAGAAGGCCUUUGUAUUGCUUUAAUCACACAUACUUACAAAGUAUAGGAAAUGUAAUAGUUAGGAAAUUGGUUUCAAAAUAUAGCAAAAAUGGUUUUGCCUGCCUCUACAAUUGAAUUUUCCCAUAUUAAAUUCACCCCACCCAAUCAUCAUUUUAUUCCUCAAUGCUUAUGCUUUCUGCUUGCGUAGAUCCCUUUAAAUUGCUUGUGUUUUUGUCAGGAAGAUUAGAAAAGGGAAACUGUUUUUAGGCAAUUCGUGUAUCUCUUUGAAUCUCAAGGCCUCAGCAUUAUCCAUCCCCCACCAGCUCAGAAAAUUAGAAUACAUUUCUUUUGUGCACACGUAGUUAUUAAGCAGUAAUUUGUUGAACGCAUGCACAAUCCCUAACUCUGAGGAGUCAAACAAUUUAGAUUCCCUAACUUUCAGGAGCUUAACUGUUUAGGAGAAGCUCAAGGAUAUGUGAGAAGGGUGUUCCCUUGACUAUGAUUUUGAGAUUUGAUUCAUCCUGUUCUUGCCUACCUAGUUUCCUUUACCUUUCAUGUAACUCUUUUGGGAAGUUUGGGGUGUUUGUGGUUUGUGGUCUUGGAUUCAACUUGUGUUUGACUUGCUCUUGUAGUAACUACAAGUUGAAAUGUACCUUUAAGGUUUCCAUGACCACUGGUAAAAUAAAGAGCUGAUUAUGACAUAUUUGUGAGACACCUCUUAUAGGUAAGAGGCCUGGGGCAGAUGGCAGCAGACUGGGACAUACAGAGAGAGUGGUGGAAGUGCCAACAUAUAGAUCUGAGUAAACCGGAGGUCCAAGAUCAUGGCCCAUUGCAACGGAACAGGACCAGCUGAUCAUGAAAUGCAGCCAGUCUACGGGUCCUCGUGUGAAGGAGAGUCAGAGAGUCUUGAGAUUUUCCAGCUAAGAAGUGGUUUCAUCCUGGACUCUGAGAGAGUCCAGGAUAAAAUGGAAGUAGACUUGGAACUGCAACCGAAUACCGAGAACACAGACAGCAGCAUCCUGAGAAGAUCCAGCAGUGCCCCUAUGAUCAAUGGACUUGGGGACAAUUCACAGGUGUUCCAAGAUGAAGCGAUAAGAAUUAGAAGAAAUAGUUCAACAUUUAUGAGCCAACAAUGUCUGUUGUUUCCACCUCCUUCCAUUUCUACUUCACUCAGCCGCGUUCAUCAAAUAAAACAGGAGGAAAGCAUGGAUUUAAUAGAUCGAGAGACACUGCAUGAACAGGAAGUACAAACUGCAAUACAGAUAAGCCAAUCUUGGGAAAAAUGUUUGAACCUGAAUGACAACGAUUUAGAAAAACCACUCUCUCUGAAGUGCAUUGAUCUUAUCUCGGUACUUCCAGUGGUUUCUCCCAGCCAGGGAAUCGAGAAGCAAUGCUUUUCUCCAUCGUUACGAACUUCUGUGAGUUGCGCCGGUUUUCCUCCAAGUCCUAGUCCCAGCCCUUCGCAACAAAAUGCAAUAAGCAGUCACAACCCCACCAACAUUGUUAGACCAAGUAUCCUUGGACCAAUAAAAAGAAAAGGUGAACUGACACUUGAAGAGCCACCAAAGAAAAUUUUCAUAGUUACUAGCAACAUACCUUCUGAUAUUUCCCAGCUGUCCGAAGAGGAUCUGUGGGAGAAGAGAUGAUUCAGUUGGCUGCACAAUCUUCCCAUUUGUUCAAGGCACAACCAAUGGACAACUCCAGCUGAAACAUCAUUUCUGUCAAUUAGAAUAAAAGAAGGGCACAUGCA